AUCGAAAAAGCUAGCACAUACGGCCACAGUCAGCUGAAAACUGGGCAUCCCGUCCGCUCUGCCAUACAUAAGCAGUUGAACGGCAGAUUAGUACUACGGUGGGUGACCACGUGGGAAUCCCUGCUGCUGUAUGUUUUGUUUUGCGUCUUUCUUCUGGACUGGUCGACCUGCUCGGCGAACUCAAGGAAGUCCAUUUUUGCGCUUGGCUCGAAGAGGGACGGGCGGGCUCCAGGACGCUCUUGCGUUUCUUCCCAAUGUCCUUGCCUCGAUCAUUUUUGA